AACGACCCGCCAAACCCCGCCGAAAAAUAGCUGCUGGUUUCUUCAUACAUUCCUUGAGAACACAGUUGGAAGCAUUGAUAAUGGAGGAGGAUUCUCUAACUUUACACAGCCGACAAAAACACGAAACCUGAUCGAAGACUCUCCCUCUUCUUCUUUUCACUUACUGCCAAAGAAUGCCGGCUCCAUCCUUUUCACACUGUUUGGUCAUCCAAAACAACUCCCCAAAUCACCAUGCUUUGAUCCACCUCAAGCACGAGGGAUAUUGGAGAUGGGUUGUGCUUGCGGCAAGACCUCUACAUACUCGCCGGGGACUCAGACUCUCGAGCAAUUGAAAUUCGAAAAUGGCUAUGUUAAGGGAGUCAAUGCGGAGAAAUUGGCUGCUGGGAAGGUUUUUAGGCAUGGGGUGGAGAACAAGAAUGUGAUUGUGGUGAAUGCGGGAAAUGCCAAGGCGGUUGCCAUAGAAGCAGAGACGGCUAGGAUUAAUGGCGGUAAUGGGAACGUUUCUCAAAGGACUAAUGUUGUGAAGAAGAUUGGAGUAGAAGAGCUUGUAGAUGGGUGGCCAAAAUGGCUUGUUGAUAAUGUCUCAAAAGAGAUUUUGGCUGGUUUGGUUCCAAAGAGUGCGGAUUCGUACGACAAGCUAUCCAAGGUGGGCCAAGGAACCUACAGCAAUGUGUACAAAGCUCGGGAAAGGGACACUGGUAAGAUUGUUGCUCUGAAGAAGGUCCGCUUUGACACAUCAGAGCCUGAGAGUGUCAAGUUCAUGGCAAGGGAGAUAAUGAUACUGCAAAAACUAGAUCAUCCCAAUGUCAUUAAGCUUAAAGGACUGGCCACAUCAAGGAUGCAAUAUAGUCUUAUUUGGUAUUGAUUUCAUGCAGUCAGACUUAACAAGAGUUAUAUCCGUCCAAGGGAAAGGCUCACAGAGUCACAGGUCAAGUGUUACAUGCAGCAGCUGCUUUCAGGUCUCCAGCACUGUCAUGAAAGAGGAAUUUUACACCGAGAUAUUAAAGCUUCUAACUUGUUGAUAGACAGAAAUGGGAUGCUGAAAAUAGCAGAUUUUGGGCUUGCAAACUUUUUCACUCCUAAACAAAAACGCCCCCUGACAAGUCGAGUUGUGACACUUUGGUACAGAGCUCCCGAGCUACUAUUAGGUUCUACUGAUUAUGGAGUAGGAAUUGACCUCUGGAGUUCUGGAUGCCUAUUGGCUGAGAUGUUUUUUGGAAUGCCAUUAAUGCCUGGGAGGACAGAGGUUGAACAGCUCCAUAGGAUUUUUAAACUUUGUGGCUCACCAUCAGAGGAUUAUUGGAAGAAAAUGAAGCUACCAACAAGCUUUCGUCCACCACAACAUUACAAGCCCAGCUUUCAAGAAGUCUUCAGAGAGUUACCUUUCUCUUCCUUUGGUAUCUUGACCACACUUCUUUCUCUGGACCCUGAAUAUCGUGGCAGUGCUGCUUCUGCACUCCAAAGUGAAUUCUUUUGUUCAAGUCCAUUGCCAUGUGAUCUCUCCGGACUUCCAGUACUCUUCAAGACGGAGGAUGAUCCAAUCAAAAUCAAUCAUCAAAAGAAGUAUGGUUUGCUCAAAAUAGAGUAUUCUUUCUCUGACAAGUAGUUUUGACUUUUACAAAUGCUAUGACUCUAUUUCUGUUACAUUAGAAGAGAGGAGAAAUUUAAUUCUGGUACUUCUUUAUUUAUUUCAAAAAAAAAAUUCUGGUACCUCCUUUUUUUAAUAGACAUAAAAUUCUAACGAAACGUGAAAAUCAAAUGCACAGUUCUUGGAUGUGGUCACCUUUCCUCAAUGAAAAUCCGAUCCUCUAUAUUAAUUCCAUUGCCUGUUGCAUUUCUAAUUUUCUUAUCAAAUCUGUUAAGCUUUUUGGAUGUCUUUUCUUAAUGGACAGUUGUUACGGGCCAAUGGUGUAAGUAAUCAUUUUUGCUUCCUAAUAAAUCGAGAUGUACCAUUAUAUUUUCAGCUCAAUGUGAAUAUAGAAUUUCUGUUAGAAUGAAGCUACUUCACAAAUGAAGUGACAUGAUGGGGCAAAACUAAUUCUUUCAUCAAGGUAUCUGCACAAGUAGAAUAAAUCAUAAAAAUAAAUCAAAUUGCAAGGAGAAGCCGGAAAAUGCAACUAAAUGCAGCAAAUAUACAGAGGAAGAUCUCCUCCGAUCACAAGUUUUUUCCAUGCAAUUUGAUGAUUUAAUCAUUGCAUCAAAGUGUCUUUCUGUUGCAAAUGGUUUUAAAUCUGAUUGUUUGGUAGGGCAGAGGAGAGUUUGCUAGUUCAUGAUACUGUAAUUUUGUUAAGGGACAGCAGGAUCAUGUACCAUUUUGUAAAUUGUAAUGCUUUUGCUCAUGCAAUGGCAAAGGCAGGUCUUUUUCCUCUUUUGAUUGUUCUAAGGGGGUGUAUACAACCCAAAUGGCUGAGACCAUUUAUUGUAAAUUUUUGGUCUUAAGUCAAGAUAGUUGAUUUCUUUCUUUAAAAAAAAAAAAGAAUCUGGAUUACCCGAUUGUGCUGUUUCAUCUUGUAGGCACAGGUCCAAAGUAAAGCAAUCCUCUCGAAGAAAAAGUGAAUUUCAUCAGAAGAAGGUUUCAUUUUUGGAACAGGCAAAAGGAGAUGCUGAAUCUUCUAAAGAGCUGGAGAAGAAUGCAGAAGCAAACAUGGAAGGCCAGGAAAUGGAGGGUAACAGUUCUUCUAGUAUGAAGCCAACUGGGCAACAGGCGAGCCUGCAAGUGUCCCUUUCUCCGAUUCUUCCUCGUAAUCUGCAAAGAUCUACGAAAACUGAUGCUCAUCCUAAUGCCCUGAGAAACAUCCAGAAUUUUACCCUUUUGCAGGCCUCUAUUUCAGAUCUAAUUAACCCCAACCAAGGCAAUGCAUUUCCCCAAUUUCGCAGGUCUCUGUCUACAUUGGAUUUUCGUGUGCUAGAUCCAGAGAAGAUAUCAAAACUCUUCGAUUGGGACAAAGAUUAGGUAGUAGAAGGCAAUUGCAAUUUAGUUCAGAUCAUCCUUUAGUUUCAUGAAAGAAUUUUCUUUUGAAGAGAUAUUGUAGAAGUAAAUGAAUUAUAUAUAUAUAUAUAUGUGUGUGUGUGUACUUAUUCAGUAUCUUGUUUCUUCUUGUUCUAAGGAAUUACAGCUUCCGCAGA